ACCUAAUUCUACUUCAGGGUUUAGGGUUUAGCAUAGCCUCCUUGGUCGCGCUGCCCUUGAAUCCCCUCGCUUGUCCUUGAAUUCCCUCGCCUGUCCUUGAAUCCCCUCGCUUGUCCUUGAAUCCCCUCGCUUGUCCUUGAAUCCGAUUUUCGUGAGGCACCUCAAGUUUGCGACUUUCGGCGUGUUCUCGAUUUUGCCCUCUGUAGUAAGAAUUUUGAGAACGAGCAUGUGAUGGGAAUUUCGGGGAGGAAGACGGGUAAUUCGGGAGUUGUUUUGAGGUGAUUGAAGUCGGCAGGGACGGUGAAGAGAGAAGAGACGAGGGGCGGUCUGUUGUGAAGCCGUGGUGCCUGAAGGCCACAGAGUUCCCAGUGUUUUCAGCGGCGCAGUUUAUUAUCAUGGCGAGCGUAACGAAGCCCAGGGGCCCUGGACACCAUAAGAAAAAGCGAAAGGAGACGGGGCCUGAGAAACAUGAACUUGGUCUAGCUGAGCAAAUGGAGCAGAACCUUGAGGCUGCGCCGCCUAAGCGCAGAAAUCCAAGGAACCGUAGCCGACAGCAACCGACUGAUGAGUAUGUGACUCCAAUGAUGAGUAAUAAAAUUCUCAGCGAAGCACGGAUGCAGCAGUUGGAAAUUGAUAACGAAAGGGAUGAAGAGACUGGUGUAGCAGCAACUAGAAGAGCCUUCUCUGCUGCUGUGCCAGAUCAAAGGAUGGAUAGCGAUAGCGAUGACGAGGAGGGAUUUUCUGAUGGAGAAGAGCAAGCUGAAGAAUUUGAAGAAGUGACAGAAGAAGAUGAAAGAAUCAUGUUGAAGUUUAUGGCCUCUGAUGCAACCCCACAACGAACAUUAGCUGACAUUAUAAUGGAGCGGAUUAAUGACAUGGGCGGGAAUGGAAUGACUGCUGUUGAAACAGAAGGUGAAGGCCGAACAAUUCCAGGCGUAGAUAGCAAAGUCAUAGAGGUUUACCAAGGGGUAGGCAAGUUUCUGAGUAGGUACAGAGCAGGCAAGUUACCCAAGGCUUUCAAGAUAAUUCCUUCACUUUCCAAUUGGGAGGACGUGCUAUUUCUUACAGAGCCAGAGAAAUGGUCUCCAAAUGCCAUGUACCAGGCCACUCGAGUUUUUGCCUCCAACUUGAAUGCUCGUAUGGCUCAACGCUUUUAUAGUCUGGUACUUUUACCAAGAAUCCGGAACGACAUCAGGGUGCAUAAGAGACUUCACUUCGCACUUUAUCAAGCUAUGAAAAAGGCUGUCUACAAGCCCUCAGCAUUUUACAAAGGCCUAUUGCUACCCCUUUGCCAGACCCGAACAUGUAACUUGCGUGAGGCUGUUAUUAUAGGAAGUGUACUUCAAAAGGUUUCUAUUCCUGUUUUACAUUCCAGUGUUGCACUUUUGAAAAUCGCUGAGAUGGAGUAUUGUGGCACGAACAGUUAUUUCCUCAAGCUUUUAUUGGACAAGAAAUAUGCUCUCCCGUACAGAGUUCUGGACGCAGUUUUGUAUCAUUUUGUGAGUUUCGUUGAGGAUGAACGUGACCUUCCUGUUAUUUGGCACCAAUCCCUGCUCACAUUUGUUCAACGGUAUAAGAACGAGUUGAGUGAGGAGGACAAGGAGAAGCUGAAACAGUUGAUGCGGAAGCAAAAGCAUUAUCUGGUUACUCCUGAGAUUCAUAGAGAGUUACUUAAUAGUCGAAAUCGAGGUCAGAAAGACGACCAUAUGACAACAGUUCCCAUGAAGAUUGAAAAAGCUGUUGUCGAAGAAGAUAUGUGGAAUCUACCAGAAGUUCAGAUAGGCAUGGAUGAAGACUAAAUCAUCGAUGUGUAAACCGAGUACGGAGCGAGUGUGAGCUUUCGUUCGUGCUCGGAAUUGUGAUAAUGAGUUGGCUGUCAACCAGCCAGUUAGAAUAGAAGAAGACGGUUUCUGCUUCUUUUAGUGUUUUUCCCACCAGCAGGCGGAGGGCACAUCCCAAAUUCAUGUCCUUAUCAAUGUUACAGCACGCAAUUGUGAGAAUUUCUCAUUUUUUAUUUUC